UGUUGGGGGUCCCGGCACGUGAUGGUGCUCAGUGUGCCGCCAGUCCCCGUCGUGUGGACACUCACCCUCUUGACGAGAACUGGCAAGAGGCGGUGAUCUGUUGAGCGCGUGUGUGUGUUGAUGGAAAUAUUUAAUAGUUGCGUGUUGGGUUGAUACUGUACAUAGGUUGGGAAGACUGUUAAGUAUUUUUAAGGAUAAUUGCCAGAUGUAACACAUAUAAACACAGUACUUUAAUGUAUCUAUAAGUGACACAAGAGACCAGGAAUGUGAGGGACAACGGUCGUGCGUCUGUGUAAAUACUGACUGAAAAAAUGUAAAUGUCGUGAAAAAUAAUGAACCUGAAGACUCUAUAUUUAAGGACGAUACGGGUGUAUAGAAUAAGAACUUUGUAAAUAGAGAAUAACUUAGAGACGCUAUGUACAGUACCUUGUGAUGCUCACUACAAUGACCAGUGUAAAUAAGAGAAGAUGUCUUAGUGGUGUGUGUUAGAAAAUAAGAUAAAAUGUAAACACCUGUAAAUACUGAUGGAUACUCUCUCACUGUUGACACUAAGAGGAAAGAUGUAAAUAAGGGUUUAGUUUGUGAGACAUUAAGAGAGAGAGAGAGAGAUCACGUAGAAAUUAAGUGUUGUAGAGAAAAAUAAAGUGAGAUAGAGAGAUGGCUUCGGCGAGGAGCAGAGUGUCGUCUUUGGUGGUGGUAGCCCUUAUGAUAGUGUGUGUGUGAGUGUGUGUGUGAGUGUGAGUGUAUAUGAGUCAUGACCACCACCACCACCAUGACAGUGGUGGGGCCACUAUGGGGGACCCCACAACACAGGCUCCCUAACCGGUGUCGCCCGGGCCAGAGACUGGCAGACUCCGGGAGAGCGAGACCGUGGCAGACCCCUUCCUUCCCUGUAAUCUUCCUUGUGUUACUGCUCCUCCUCGACCUCGCCAUGCCGUCCCCAGCGCACCAUCACACGCUCGACCUCGAGUACGACCUUAGAACGUUGUUAUACGAGGGUCUGUACGUACCGAGGAAGACACUAGCCAGACAUCUCUCUCGGACUAAACGCCUCACACACAAACAAAGCCAGACGGUGGGGCUGAACUUCACGUGGCCGGCCAGGAAAGUGGUGGCGACGGAGGGGGAGGUGUUGCUGGGUGGCCUCAUGAUGGUGCACGAGCGUCACCAUGAUAUAGUCUGUGGCCCCAUCAUGCCCCAGGGAGGUGUACAGGCGGUGGAGGCCAUGUUGUACACUCUGGAUUUCAUCAACGAUCAGGAAGACUUUAUCCCCGGCGUGAGAAUCGGGACCCACAUCCUGGACGACUGUGACAAAGAUACCUACGGCCUCGAGCAAGCUGUAGACUUUAUCAAAGGUUCCAUCAGCAACAUCGACGACGGGGAGUACAAGUGUAGGGACGGGUCGUCGCCCCAGGUGAGGAACAAGGUCAUCUCUGGGGUGGUGGGCGCCGCCUCCUCCGUCACCUCCAUCCAGGUAGCCAACCUCCUCAGGCUCUUCAAGAUCCCCCAGGUCAGCUUCUUCUCCACCUCGCCGGAGUUGAGUAACAAGCAGAGGUUCGAGUACUUCUCCAGGACCAUCCCUUCAGACCACUACCAGGUCAAGGCCAUGGUGGAGAUCGUCAAGAAGUUGGGCUGGUCCUAUAUCUCCAUCAUCUACGAGGAGUCUAACUACGGCAUUAAGGCCUUUGAGGAGCUAGAAGGGCUCCUGGCGUACAACAACAUCUGCAUCGCUGUCAAAGAGAAACUAGUGAAGGACUCCGGGGUGGCUGAUGAGGGCGCUUAUGAUCUGACUGUCCAGCGUCUGAUGCAGAAACAACGUGCCAGAGGUGUGAUAAUCUUUGGGUCAGACCAAGAAGUGGCCGGGGUGAUGCGAGCCGUCAGAAGGAACAACGCGACAGGUAGCUUUACCUGGAUUGGCUCUGAUGGAUGGUCGGCGAGGUCUUUGGUCUCUUCAGGUAACGAGCCGGAGGUGGAGGGGACACUGUCGGUACAGCCACAGGCCAACCCUGUCCGUGGCUUUGACAGGUACUUUCUGGGACUGACUGUGGAGAACAACAGAAGAAAUCCUUGGUUCGUUGAAUACUGGGAGGACCAUUUUAAGUGCCGCUACCCUAACAGCUCUCGGACACCUUACAACGGCGCCUACAACAGGACGUGCACGGGAGAGGAGAAGCUCACCAACAAGAACACCCAAUUUGAGGCCCAGCUCCAGUUCGUGUCUGAUGCUGUCAUGUCCUUCGGCUACGCCUUCAGAGACAUGCACCAGAAGCUUUGCAGAGGAGGUAAAGGCCUGUGUGAUGAGAUGCAGCCUAUAGACGGUGAGCAGCUGUUGUCUUACCUGAGGAAGGUGAUGUUUACAGGACUCAGCGGAGACAGGUUUAAAUUUGACCAACAGGGGGACGGGCCAGCGAGGUACAAUAUUAUUCACUUCAAGCAAAUCUCACCUGGCGUUUACUCCUGGGUCACUGUCGGCCAGUACGUCGAAGGUCUACUGAAGCUUAACAUGAGUGCCAUACAGUUCAAGCUGGAUGAUCCGUCACCGCCGAGUAGCGUGUGUUCCCUGCCUUGCUACAUCGGCCAGGCCAAGAAGUACGUGGAGGGCGAGUCUUGCUGCUGGCACUGUUUCAACUGUUCUACCUACCAGAUCGUUAGUCCAGUGGAUCCAACCCGGUGUAUAAACUGUGACUGGGGGACACUGCCAUCCAUUGACCAUCUACACUGUAAUCAAAUCCCUGAGGUAUACAUCAGACCAGAUUCGUGGUGGGCAAUAGGAGCAAUGUUGUUCUCCUCGUUGGGCGUGGUGAUGACGGGCGUGGUGGUGUGGGUGUUUUUCAGCCAUCACGACACGCCCGUGGUCAGAGCCUCGGGCAGGGAGCUCUCCUACGUCCUCCUCUCUGGCGUCUUCCUCUGCUACGCCAUCACCUUUGUUUUUGUUCUCAAGCCGUCGGCGGUGGUGUGUGGGGUUCAGAGGUUCGGGCUGGGGUUCUGCUUCGCCGUGGUGUACAGCGCCUUGCUCACCAAGACCAACAGAAUAUCUCGCAUCUUCAACGCCGGCAAGAGGACGGCUAAGAGACCCUCCUUCAUCUCCCCGCGCUCACAGCUCUGUAUCUGCUUCUGUACCGUCUCUAUCCAGGUGGUGAUCACGGGGGUGUGGUGGGUGGUGAGUCCCCCCAGAGCCAUUCAUCACUACCUGGUGAGGGAGGACAACUUCCUGGUGUGCGCUGCCUCCAUCAACGCCUCCUACAUGAUCGCUUUCGCUUACCCUAUAGGACUGAUCAUAGUGUGCACCAUCUACGCCGUCCUCACCAGGAAGAUCCCGGAGGCUUUUAACGAGAGCAAGUACAUCGGCUUCACCAUGUACACAACCUGUAUCAUCUGGCUGGCUUUCGUCCCGAUCUACUUCUCUACUGCUAACAAUGUGGAGCUACGGAUCACCACCACUUCAGUGACCAUCUCCCUAUCGGCAACAGUGGCUUUAGCGUGUCUCUUCACCCCCAAACUUUACAUUAUUCUCUUACACCCGGAGAGGAACGUCAGGCAAUCCAUGAUGCCCGCCGCCAAGUAUUCCGCCAUCAAGAACAAUCUCUCAUCCUCAUCCCAGCGAGUCGACUCAGGCACCCAGAGUGAAGCAGUGAUCUUCCCACUAGACUACGAGCUACACGAGAAGUUGAGGACGAUGGGUUGCGCCUCUCAUCCAAGAUCCUCGAGUGGCACCCAGACCUGCCCUGCCUCCUGUUGCCUGCCUGACCACCGCUGCGGGGCCACACUCACCCUGGCCCCCUCCCCGGCCACACCUGCCACCAAUGGCCCUCUUCAAGACGUCCCAGAUGUGCAGCUGUAGAUAAGCUGUCCAGGAAGUAUCACUGUAGAUCACUUGUAUUGUUGUAGAUUAUUUGAUAUAAAGCUGUAGACCAUAUGAUGUACAGCUGUAGUCCACACGUACAGCUGUAGUCCACAUUAUGUACAGCUGUAGUCCACAUGUACAGCUGUAGACCAUAUGAUAUACAGCUGUAGUCCACAUGUACGGCUGUAGACCAUAUAAUGUACAGCUGUAGUCCGCAUGUACAGCUGUAGACCAUGUGAUGUACAGCUGUAGACCAUGUGAUGUACAACUGUUGACCACAUGCACAGCUGUAAACCACAUGUAAAGCUGUAGACCACAUGCACAGCUGUAGUCCACAUCUACAGCUGUAGACCACAUAUACAGCUGUAAAGGACGUACAUCUGUAAAUCUUACGGUAUACAGCUGUAAACUUAACCUAAUCUGACCUGACCUAACCAUAACUAAGAUAUAAGAGAUGAUCCGUGACUCAGAGACGGAUUACUAAACACUCAGACCUCUGAUUGCUCUACCACUCAGAAUACCAUAUAUAUGCUCUGCACUCUGGUCUAUUACAGAGCAAUUUUGAGCUAUGCAAUUUAUAAUGAAGGUAACAUUGAUCACAAGACGCUGUUAUACAUUCGUUAUGUGGCUUGAAAAUACGUUAUGUUAUGCCGAUCAGAACAUAUUUGUACUCUUUGUUUUCCCGAUCAGAACACGUUUGUACGUCCAGACAGAGAAACAGACAACAGACACAGACAUAGACAUAAGAAACACACAGACAGACAGACAUAGAGAUAAACAGAAACAGAAUUAGACAGAUACAGACA